GACCCGGUAGACGCUCCGCUACAGGCGCGGGGAAGAGGUUAGGCUGGCCGGGCACAAAAGGACGAGACUUCAAUUCCCGGAGGGAAGACCAACCAGGUGGACCCCUAACCUCCCGGAAGUGACGAUCCGGGGGCAAGCGACGCCGCAGCCAGGCCUUCCCGAGCUGGCCCGGUCCGAGAGGGCCGCGCGCAGCAUGGCGGAAGCGGAAGGGAGUUCUCCGCUCCUGUCGCAGCCGCCGCCGCCCCCUCCUCGGAUGGCGGAAGUAGAAGCGCCGACGGCGGCCGAGACGGACAUGAAGCAGUACCACGGGUCCGGUGGCGUCGCCAUGGACGUGGAGCGGAGCCGCUUCCCCUACUGCGUGGUAUGGACUCCCAUCCCGGUGCUCACGUGGUUUUUCCCCAUCAUCGGCCACAUGGGCAUCUGCACGUCCACGGGGGUCAUUCGGGACUUCGCUGGCCCCUACUUUGUUUCGGAAGACAACAUGGCCUUUGGAAAGCCUGCCAAGUUCUGGAAACUGGACCCCGCCCAGGUAUACGCCAGUGGGCCCAAUGCAUGGGACACAGCUGUGCACGAUGCCUCUGAGGAGUACAAGCACCGCAUGCACAAUCUCUGCUGUGACAACUGCCACUCACACGUGGCCUUGGCUCUGAACCUGAUGCGUUACAACAAUAGUACCAACUGGAACAUGGUGACGCUCUGCUUCUUCUGCCUGAUUUAUGGGAAGUACGUCAGUGUUGGAGCCUUUGUGAAGACCUGGCUGCCCUUUGUCCUUCUCCUGGGCAUCAUCCUGACCGUCAGUCUCAUCUUCAACCUGCGGUGAUGGCCCCCAAGGAGGCCCCGCCACCACCCCGUCCCAGUUCUUUUAUCCCCACCCUCAGGCAGUAGAGUCAGGGCUUGGGACGGAAGUGCUGAGGUAGAGUGAGAUGAGGCCAUUUAGAGCCUCCUUGUCCUCUCUCCUGGGCUUGUGGCCUCACCCUUGUGGUAUCCCCAUUGCUGUCCUGGGAAGGCCUUCCCUUAGAGCGCCUCCUGCCACAGUCACUGGGCUGUUUCUGCCAUGCCCAGGACUCGGUGAGGGCACAGUGAGGACACGGUGGGCAAAGCUGGAUUUGAAGCUGCUUUCUGGCUGGUUGUCAUGUCCCGAAGUGGGAUGUGGUGUUCUGAAACGUGCUGUGAGCCAAGAGACUUGGAACCUUCUCUGCUGGCCUAGAACGGACUGGAAGGGCUGGCUAGGCUCUUCCCUGUCUCUAGAGCUCUGCUAGCAUAGUGUGUACCCCAUCGCUCCUCAUCUGAGCCCUGGCUAGCCAGGUGAAUGGGUGCAUGCAGAGUGGGUCCCCUGUAAAUCAGGUAAGGUGAAUCCCACUGUUUCCAGGCCAAGAAGUCCUCCUGCUGGUGAUAGAACCCCUUAUGUUCAGAGUGUGGUAACCCCAGAGCAGCUGGUGCACCAUGGGUUGGCUGGCUCUACUUCCGGUUGCUGCAAUGGGCCCUGAGCAGCCUGCCUCACCCCCUGCUCCUUUAUAAGGGGCUCCCUGGCAGGAAAUAAAGUUUCAAGUCCA